AGCAUAAUUUCUCUCGCCUUUUUUUUUUCUUCUUCUUCUUCUUCCUCCCUCCUCUCUUCUCUUCUUCCCUGAGACUCUGAGAGCGAGGACACCAUCUCUUUUCCUCAGAUCAUAUCGCAAUUAGCAAUGGAACAUAAAAACUCUAUCAAUAUUCCCUUCUUCUUGCUAUUGUUCUCAUCCCUUCUCUUGGCGUUCUUCUUCGAUUCUCGAAGCGUGGAGGGGUACAAGAACUACACGGUCGGCGGCUCUCUGGGUUGGUUUGACAGCGUCAAAGCUCCCAAGAUCGACUACAAAAAGUGGGCUGCUGCCAAAGACUUCGCCCUCGGUGAUUUCCUCAUUUUCAACACGGACAAGAACCACUCGGUAGUCCAGACCUACAAUGAGACCACCUACGAACACUGCGACUACAACGACGCCUGAAGACGACGGACACCGUCGAUUGGUCCGCAGGUGAGCCGACGUUCGCAACUCGGGCCGUGACGAUCGCAGUG